CUAAAUUAAUAAAAUAAAGAAGUGCAUUUUCCAAUUUUAAAUUAAAUAAGGAAUAAAUCAUGUAUACAUCUAAACAACCUUUUCUUAAAUCUAAGCAACCCUUUAGUAAAUCCAAGCAAACUUUUAAUAAAUCCAAGCAACCCUUUCGUAAAUCCAAGCAAACUUUUCGUAAAUUCAAACAACCUUUUCGUAAAUCUAAACAACCUUUUCGUAGGCGUCCCCGGAUUGGCCCGGGAGAUCGAAUUGAUUAUAGAAACAUGAGUUUAAUUAAUAGAUUUAUUAGUGAACAAGGAAAAAUAUUAUCGAGACGAAUAAAUAGAUUAACCUUGAAACAACAACGAUUAAUUACUCUUGCUAUAAAACAGGCUCGUAUUUUAUCUUUUUUACCGUUUCGUAACUAUGAGAACGAAAAACAAUUUCAAGCCCAGUCAAUUUCAAUAAUUACAGGUUCUAGACCCAGAAAAAAUAGACAUAUUCCUCAAUUAACGCAAAAGUACAAUUCCAAUCGAAACUUAAGAAACUACAACCAAAAUUUAAGAAACAACAACCGGAACUUAAGUUCCGAUUGUUGAUGUUUUAUUCGAAUUCGCAAGGGCCAGACCUAUAUAUAUUAUAAAGAAAGUAAUCCAGCUCGUCGAUUCCUACCACUUAAUCUUAAUUUAUUGUAUCUUCCCGGAGUUCCCUCUCCGGGAAUUCAUCUUUUAUUAUUCCAGUAUAUUACUUUAUUUAUACCUUUAAUUGAUGAUCUUUAUUUUAUUGGAAAUCGUGUAAAGAUUAUUUGGAUUUGAUACAGCUACUUGUGCAAGCAUUUUACGAUUAAGAAUCAAUUUCUUCUUGUACAGGUUGUGUAUUAAUUUACUAUAACUAUCGAAUACUUUAUAUACCCGCGUUGCUGCGUUUAUCCGAGUGAUCCACAAACGACGAAAAUCCCUCUUUUGCCUACCUCUAUCUCGAUGAGAGGAAACAAAAGCUCUUUUUACUUGUUGGGUAAUCAUUCGAUUAAGUCUUAAAUGAGCCCCUCUAAAGUUUGAGGCAAAUGAACGCAUUUUUGUUCGUCGUCUCCGGGCUAUAUAUCCUCGCGGAACUCUGGUCAUUGAAUCAAAUUAACCUUAAUGAAUAACUAAUGAUUUCUCUUCUUUUAGCCACCCUUUUUCUCAUUAAUAACAAAACUAAUUAUUCCGAUAUAUAAAAUAUUAAUUCCAAUGGCUUUUGCUAUAGUAACCUUCCCAACCACGAUUUUUUAUUCCACUCCGUUCAGUUAUUUCUAUACGAAAUAACAAAUUCAUUCUAAAUAAUACUAAAAAAAAUAGUGGGUUCCAUCGUUUCUAUGGUUCCCUUUUAAACGGUGAGGCCCUCUCUAUACACCGGAGCCCUUUCUUUCAUCAAAAAGUAUUACGAACUUGUAUAGUUCACAUUCUUUGGCUCUACCUAUCCAUUAUAGAGUAAAUAGCUCUUUUCACAAUAAGAGUUAUCCAUACAGUGACGGUAUUUAAUUAUGAAAGUUGGCUAAGUAGCUGACCCUGUUAGUCCGUUCUUUAUAAGAUAAAAGAGCAUAAGCCUUUUUCUUUUUAUUACUAUUUCCUCCGCUUAAUGGAUAACCAUUUGCUACCAAUGGGAGAAUUGCUUCUUAUUUCCAAAUUUAGAUAAUUCGAUUUGCACCAAAGGAAACCAGAAAUUCCAUAUACCAUAGAAAUCUAGGAUAGAGAAGCUAUAUCCUAUUCAUUGGUACUAAUCAGGGAUACUUCAAAUUUUUUUUAUAUUUGUUUGAAGUCAUGAUCUGAACGAGUCGCACAUACACCCUAGCACAUGUUCCUCGACGCUGAGGGCAUCCUUUAAGCGCAGCCGUUUUUCUAGCAUUUCGUAUUGGCUGUCUUGCGUUUCUAAUAAGUUGUUUAACCGUUGGCAUGUUGUAUGUAUAUAGAAAAAAAUGGAUUGGUUUAGAUCCAUCUUAACCUGAUGAUUGCUCAUCAUGAAGUCUUUCUAUUUUCUAUUAAAUCGAGGAAAACACGAAUUUAGCUGUGAAAUAACUUUACAAGAAAUCCGGACACUACCAAUCCUUAAACAUUUCCGGAAACCACACUGGAUCAGUAUCGCAGUGCUUGUCAAUCAUUUCAUCCCCUACAAUAUCGACAAGUCCAUAAGCUUUGGCUUCGUCUGCUGACAUAAAAACAUCCCUUUCCAUGUCUUCGGAUACAACCCAAAAAGGCUUGCCUGUUCUUAGUGCAUAAACCCUUGUGAUCAUUUCGCGAACUUUGUGUAACUCUUCUACUUCUAGUAAAAAUUCUGGUGUCCUUGCCCGAUAAUAAGCACUAGCAGGUUGGUGAAGCAUAAUCCUCGCGUGAGGGAAUGCUAUACGCUUGGCGGGUUCUCCUCCAAGCAGAAUGAAGGACGCCAUGGACGCGGCUAUUCCGAGGCAUAUUGUAUAUAUAUCUGGUGUCACCGUUUGCAUCGUAUCAAAAAUAGCCAUUCCUGAGAUUAGCCAACCGCCUGGGGAGUUUAUAAACAAAAAAAUAUCACUAAUUCCAUCUUCUAUACUCAGAUAUACCAUGAGACCUGUAAUAUGAUUCGUGAUCUCGCAACGAAUCUCUUGACCUAAAAAAAGUGUCCUUUCUCGAUACAUAACAUUGUAUAAGUCAACCCAAGUCGCUUCUUCAUCUCCAGGAAUCCGGUAAGGUACUUUUGGAACACCAAUGGGCAUAUUAGAUUAAUAUUAUUAAAUUUAAGUAAGAAACACUUUAAUAUGGAAACGUAAGAAUGGAACAGAAAGAAAGAAUCUGCAGUUUAUUGUCUUAAUUUUUAUUCUUAUUCUAUUCUAUUUUAUUCUUAUUCUAUUCUAUAUGAAUACUAUAGAUUCUAUUAAUACAUAGAUGGAAAGGUUAUACAUAUAAGAAAGGUAAGACAGAUUGAAUAAAGAAAAAGGAAUGGGUGAUUCGAAUGCUAAACAAAGAGGGGUAGCGAUCUAUUCUUCGUUUUUUUCCAAAUUGGCCAAGUUACCCAUUGCAUAUUGGCACUUAUCGAGUAUAGAAUAGAUCUGCUUCUCUUUCUUCUUAUGAACAGAAUUGGCUUCUUAUUUUUAAUGGAAUGAAAUAAAUAUUCGCGCUUUCUGACACAGAAUCCCCUAGAAGGGUUAGGUACAAUGGAUAAUCUUUUUCAAUGCGAUAAAAUAAAGCGACAUCGUGUCUAUUUUUCUUUGCUAAAGGGGUAUUUCCAUGGGUUUGCCUUGGUAUCGUGUUCAUACUGUCGUAUUGAAUGAUCCGGGUCGAUUGCUUGCGGUGCAUAUAAUGCACACAGCUCUAGUUUCUGGUUGGGCUGGCUCAAUGGCUUUAUACGAAUUAGCAGUUUUUGAUCCCUCUGAUCCUGUUCUGGAUCCAAUGUGGAGACAAGGUAUGUUCGUAAUUCCCUUCAUGACUCGUUUAGGAAUAACGGAUUCGUGGGGUGGUUGGAGUAUUUCAGGAGGAACUGUAACAAAUCCGGGUAUUUGGAGUUAUGAAGGUGUGGCAGCUACGCAUAUUGUGUUUUCUGGCUUGUGUUUCUUGGCAGCGAUCUGGCAUUGGGUAUAUUGGGACCUAGAAAUAUUCUCUGAUGAGCGGACGGGAAAACCCUCUUUGGAUUUGCCCAAGAUCUUUGGAAUUCAUUUAUUUCUUGCAGGGGUGGCUUGCUUUGGCUUUGGGGCAUUUCAUGUAACGGGUUUGUAUGGUCCUGGGAUAUGGGUAUCCGAUCCUUAUGGACUAACUGGAAAAGUACAAGCUGUAAAUCCAGCGUGGGGUGCAGAAGGUUUUGAUCCUUUUGUUCCGGGGGGAAUAGCUUCUCAUCAUAUUGCUGCGGGUACAUUGGGUAUAUUAGCGGGCUUAUUCCAUCUUAGUGUCCGUCCGCCUCAACGUCUAUAUAAAGGAUUACGUAUGGGCAAUAUUGAAACUGUACUUUCCAGUAGUAUCGCUGCUGUUUUUUUUGCAGCUUUCGUAGUUGCUGGAACUAUGUGGUAUGGGUCAGCAACGACCCCAAUCGAAUUAUUUGGGCCUACUCGUUAUCAGUGGGAUCAGGGAUACUUUCAGCAAGAAAUAUAUCGAAGAGUUAGCAAUGGUUUAGCCGAAAAUCUUAGUUUAUCAGAAGCUUGGUCUAAAAUUCCCGAAAAAUUAGCCUUUUAUGAUUAUAUUGGUAAUAAUCCGGCAAAAGGGGGAUUAUUCAGAGCGGGCUCAAUGGACAAUGGGGAUGGAAUAGCUGUUGGAUGGUUAGGACAUCCCGUCUUUAGAGAUAAAGAAGGACGUGAGCUUUUUGUACGCCGUAUGCCUACUUUUUUUGAAACAUUUCCGGUUGUUUUGGUAGAUGAGGAGGGAAUUGUUAGAGCGGACGUUCCUUUUAGAAGAGCAGAAUCCAAAUAUAGUGUUGAACAAGUAGGCGUAACGGUGGAGUUCUAUGGUGGCGAACUUAAUGGAGUAAAUUAUUCUGAUCCUGCUACUGUAAAAAAAUAUGCGAGGCGUUCUCAAUUAGGGGAAAUUUUUGAAUUAGACCGGGCUACUUUGAAAUCCGAUGGUGUUUUUCGCAGCAGUCCAAGGGGUUGGUUCACUUUUGGUCAUGCUACCUUUGCUUUGCUCUUCUUUUUCGGACACAUUUGGCAUGGCGCUAGAACAUUGUUCCGAGAUGUUUUUGCUGGUAUUGAUCCAGAUUUGGAUGCUCAAGUGGAAUUUGGAACAUUCCAAAAAGUGGGAGAUCCAACUACAAAGAAACAGGCAGUCUGAUACACAUUGUUAUGGUAUCUUUCACCUCUCUUUUUUGAUUUGACAUCUCCCAUCCUUUCUUUGACUCUUUUUCUUUCUUUAUAUGGGAAAUUCUCCCAAAUGACAAAUGAAUAGGUGUGGAAGUUAUAAUUGUAAAUAAACCACGAUCGAAUCUAUGGAAGCAUUGGUUUAUACGUUCCUUUUAGUUUCGACUUUAGGGAUAAUUUUUUUCGCUAUCUUCUUCCGAGAACCACCUAAGGUUCCACCAACUCCAACUAAAAGAAUAAAAUAAUUUCAUUUAAGUAAGAAGUCUCCCAGAUAGGGGGACUUCUUACUUAAAUUAGUCUCCGUGUUCUUCGAAUGGAUCUCUUAAUUGUUGAGAGGGUUGCCCAAACGCGGUAUAUAAGGCAUACCCAGUAAAGCUUACAAGUAAACCAGAUAUGGAGAUGGCGACUAAAGUUGCUGUUUCCAUUUUUAUAGAAUUUCAAGAUUACAAUGGAUCUACGAAAAGAUCGUGUAUUUACAACUACAACGGAAUAGUAUACAAAGUCAACACCAAUGAUUAAAUAUAAUUUAUGGCUACACAAACCGUUGAAGAUAGUUCUAAACCUAGGCCAAAACGAACUGGUGCAGGUAGUUUACUGAAACCCUUGAAUUCGGAAUAUGGGAAAGUCGCCCCGGGUUGGGGGACUACUCCUUUUAUGGGGGUCGCAAUGGCUUUAUUCGCUAUAUUCCUAUCUAUCAUUUUAGAAAUUUAUAAUUCUUCCAUUUUACUGGAUGGAAUUUUAACCAAUUAGGUUUCUACUAACUAAAACUAGGAAGUCAGAGUUUUUCCAUCCAAAAAAGCCUUUCUAGUUUAAGCUCUACAUUUCUAGAUAUUAUGGUAGUUCGACCGCGGAAUUUUUUUGUUUCGGUAUCUCUGGAAUAUGAGUGUGUGACUUGUUAGAAUUGAUCCUAUUGAUAAUACAUAGAAAGGGCCUGUUAUCUCUAUCAAGAUGAUUCUAAUUCGUCAGAUAUUAUUUAUUCUAGUAUCUGGAACACGAAAUAGAUAGAGUGGAUCAAAAAAAAUGGAACUAUGAUUCAUACUCACUAUUAAGACCUCGCAACCAGACUGAAAAAUUCAAGUAGUUCUUAAAUAAAAAUAAAAAAGAAAUUUUCUUCCUUACAAUUUUGUUUGCCCAAAAGACAACUUUUUUUCUAUCGAUUUUGUCGAGUCAUUACACUGAUUCAAUUUCAAUAAAUGAUUAUCAAGCGGUUCUUAUUCGAAGAACCCUUGCCUUUUGUUUAGCUUGAGACUAAAUCAUCGUGGCUCUAGUAUGAAUCUAAGGUUUUAAUUGAACUGAUUCAUAGGAUCACAACAAGAUAAUUUCUAUAUUACGCAUAAAAAAAAAUCCAAAAUAGGGAAGAGAAAAGUCAAGAAGCCUCUAAUGACCAACAUAAGGGAAA